CAUAACAGUGAGCAGUAGCAGUACCAGCGUGGUCGAGACGAGCAGCGCGACUUCCAGCAGUACGGAUGAGCAUGGUCGAGACGAGCAGCGUGACUUCCAGCGGUACGGCUUCGAGUGCCACGCAGUCAAGUAGCACUACGCCGGCGAGCAGUACCGCGAGCAGCGGCACGUCGCUAACGGGCACGACUGGCUCAGGCAACACUACGCUGACCGAGACAAGCACUUCUACGGCCAGUGCGAGCAGUAUUAGCAACACGAUGGCCAGUUUUAGCGAUACCAGCAGUACAACAGCAUCGUCGACCACCGGGACUUCCAGUGCCUCGGUGACUAGCAGUACGUCCCAGACGGGCAGCAGUGUGACCUCGAGCAGCACGGUCAUGAGCAGUUCGGGCACGAGCACAAGGACGGCGACGACGGCGAGUACGAGCUCGAGCAGUGCGACGUUCGCGGCCACCUCCACAGUGAGUCAGGUCACUGUUAGUUUCAGUAGCACAACGACUCCGACAACUCGCACGACGUCCAGCACAAGCAAAGUGAUCACGAGUGCCACAGCAAGCAGCAGCAUAACGAAGACCAGUAUGACUGGCACUACAGGGAGCUCCAGCGUGACGCAGACUCCGACAGCAACCAGUAGUACUACGUUCGCCACCAGCAGCCAGACAACGACAAGCCUGACCAGCUUUAGCGAGAGCAGCACUACGAGCCUGACCAGCACAACAGCAACAGGCAGCAGCACGCAGAGCAGCAGCCAGAGCACUGACAGUAUCAGCAGCACGCCUACGCUGACAACGCCGACGGUGUCCAGAACAAGCACAGUGAGCACGAGCGCCACAUCAAGCAUCACAACAAAAACCAGUGUAACUGGUACUACAGGGAGCUUCAGCGUGACGCAGACUCCGACAGCAACCAGUAGUACUACGUUCGCUACCAGCAGCCAGAGCAGCACGCAAUCUACGGCCACGAGUCGCACGGCAAGCAGCACGACACUGACGCAGAGUACCACCACAGUUUCGUUGACAACUGCCAGCCUAACUAGCUUCACUGAGACCAGCACCACAACCCUGACCAGCACAACAACUGCAAGCAGUCAGAGCACUACCAGUGGAAGUAGCACUUUUACGCUGACAACGUGGACGGGUUCGAGUAACACAGAAAGCAGUACAAUGACGCACAGCACCGUCAGUGUCUCCCAGACAUCGACAAGCCUGACCAGCUUUAGCGAGAGUAGCACUACGAGCCUGACCAGCACAACAGCUACAGACAGCAGCACGCAGAGCAGCAGUCCGAGCACUGACAGUAUCAGCAGCACGCCUACGCUGACAACGCCGACGGUGUCCAGAACAAGCACAGUGAGCACGAGCGCCACAUCAAGCAUCACAACAAAAACCAGUGUAACUGGUACUACAGGGAGCUUCAGCGUGACGCAGACUCCGACAGCAACCAGUAGUACUACGUUCGCUACCAGCAGCCAGAACAUCGACAAGCCUGACCAGCUUUAGCGAGAGCAGCACUACGAGCCUGACCAGCACAACAGCUACAGACAGCAGCACGCAGAGCAGCAGUCCGAGCACUGACAGUAUCAGCAGCACGCCUACGCUGACAACGCCGACGGUGUCCAGAACAAGCACAGUGAGCACGAGCGCCACAUCAAGCAUCACAACAAAAACCAGUGUAACUGGUACUACAGGGAGCUUCAGCGUGACGCAGACUCCGACAGCAACCAGUAGUACUACGUUCGCUACCAGCAGCCAGAGCAGCACGCAAUCUACGGUCACGAGUCGCACGGCAAGCAGCACGACACUGACGCAGAGUACCACAACAGUUUCGUUGACAACUGCCACCCUGACCAGCUUCACUGAGAGCAGCACCUCAACCUUCACCGCCACAACAGGCACAGGCAGCAGCACGAUGACCACAACUUCAAGCAAGACCAGCGGGACGAGUACGUCUCCGACGGGGACCAGCUCUGUCACACAAAGUACACUGACACGCAGCACCACCACCACCGCCAUCACCGUCAGCACAAGUGCCACGAGCACCAGAAGCGUAACCAGCAGCAGUAAAACCAGUACCACAACAUGGACCACGACGACAGCGACCAGCACUACGACGAUAAGCACAAGUGUUACAGAAAGUAGCAGCAUAUCGCUUAGCAGCCUCAGUGUCACAUCGACCAGCAUGACCACGAUGAGCACAAGUGUCACAGAAACCAGCAGCACGUCGCUAAGUUCGCUCAGCGUCACAGAUACCACAAUAAGCUUGAGUCUGACCAGCACUAGUGCGAGUAGUACAAUAACCCCGACCACCACAAGCGCUACCAUUACUUCAACUCUUACAUCUACGAGCGAUACCUCCACAACUCUUACGACCACACUCACUGUCACCCGUACCAGCUCAUUGACGUCGACGUUGUCUGCCACGCCGACUAGCACGGUGACGCGCAGCAGCAUGACGAGCGCCACCACGCUCACGCGGACGAGCUCCACCACGGCGACCGUGGCCUCCGGCUGGGUGCUGGGAGCCGCUCGUGCCUCCUGCUCGGCCUCGUGCGCCGACGCCGGCCUGCACUGCAGCGAGGA